GCUUUGGGGGGUGGGUACCUCCACUGGGGUCACUUUGAGAUGAUCCGUUUGACCAUCGGCCGUUGCAUGGACCCCAAAACCAUGUUUGCCAUCUGGAGGGUACCAGCCCCCUACAAACCAGUGACACGGAAGAGCUUGGGACACCGCAUGGGAGGUGGCAAAGGCCCCAUCGACCACUACGUGACGGCGGUGAAGAGCGGGAGGCUGGUGGUGGAAGUAGGUGGACGUUGUGAGUUUGAGGAGGUGAAACCUUUCCUCACACAAGUGGCCAAGAAAUUACCCUUCCCUGCCAUCCCCGUCAGCCGUGACAGCCUCCAGCAGAUGAGGCAGGAGGAGGAGGAGAAGAGACUCAACAACCAGAACCCCUGGACCUUCGAACGUGUGGUCACUGCCAACAUGUUGGGGAUGCGAAAGUAUCUCAGCCCUUAUGACCUGAAGCUGAAGGGACGUUACUGGGGCAAAUUCUUCUUGAAACACAGAGUGUAA